AUGCUCUUCGGAGGCGCCUUCUUCCUGCUUGUCUACUAUGUUCCCAUCUUCUUCCAGAGUGUUGAAGGGUCCAGUGCAAUGAAGUCAGGUAUUCAGCUGUUGCCCAUGAUGUUGGCUACCGUCGUCUCUUCGGUCGUCAUUGGUGCUGCCACAACGGCGGUGGGAUACUACACUCCCUUCCUCAUUGUCAGUUCAGCCAUCACCGCCAUCGGCACCGGCCUGAUCACCACUUACGACAUUGAUAUCUCGGCCGGAAAGUGGAUCGGUUACCAGAUCCUGGUCGGCGCCGGUACCGGUGCCGGCUUCCAAGUGCCCAUGACUGCCGUCCAGACCGUGCUGCCGGCUGCCGACAUCCCCGUCGGCACAGCCGCCGUGAUGGCUGCCCAGACUCUUGGAGGAGCUCUCUUCAUUGCCGUGGCUCAGUCAGUCUUCCAGAACGGUCUGAUCAGUGGCAUCCAAAAGUAUGCCCCCACUGUGAACCCUGAAGCGAUCGUGGGUGGAGGCGCCACUGCCACACGCCGGGUACUCACCGACUUGGGUCAGAUCGACCAGCUGCACAACGUGAUCAAGGCGUACAUGAGCGGUCUGCGCAACGCAUACCGGGUCAGUCUUGCACUUGCAGUGGUGGCCUUUGUGGCUAGUUUGUUCCUGGAAUGGAAGAGUGUGAAGAAGGCAGGGAACAAGGGAGAGGUCGCUGUACCUGCGCUGUGA